CAGCCACUGCGCACGCGCAGUGUCGGCCGCCCGCGGGACCGGGGUUCAGCCUUGCCUCGCGAUACCUCUUUCUCUUCCUCCUUCGGGCCAGCCUUCCCCAGGGGCCGCUUCCGGGACACAAAGGCCGGUUUCAGAGUGGCCGGCGUCUUACUUUCUCGUCCUCUUCCUCUCUCCCACACUCCGGGGCCCCAGACGCCAUUUACAGGCGAGUGCUGUGUGGUGGAACUUCCCCGCCCCCACCCCACUCUGUUCAAGGGAGAGCGCGCGCCGCGCCGCGGGAGCCAAUCAGCAGCUGCGUUAGGCUGCCAUGUCUGAGUCCGGCCACAGCCAGCCCGGGCUGUACGGGAUAGAGCGCCGGCGCCGGUGGAAGGAGCCGGGCCCCGGGGGCCCCCAGAGCCUCUCUGGGCCUGGAGGCCGGGAGCGGGAGUACGUCGCCCCGUGGGAACGCGAGAGGCGGGACGGCAGCGAGGAGCCGAGCGCCUCGGUCAUGCAGAAGACGCCCAUCAUCCUGUCCAAACCGCCAGCGGAGCGGUCCAAGCAGCCGCCGCCCCCGGCGGCUCCGGCCGCGCCGCCUGCCCCUGCGCCCCUGGAGAAGCCCAUCGUCCUCAUGAAGCCACGCGAGGAGGGGAAGGGGCCGGCGGCCGGGACUGGGGCCUCCACCCCUGAGGGGGCCGCGCCGCCACCCCCGGCGGCCCCCGCACCUCCCAAGGGGGAGAAGGAGGGGCAGAGGCCCACACAGCCCGUGUACCAGAUCCAGAACCGGGGCAUGGGCCCCGCCGCCCCGGCAGCCAUGGACCCCGUCGUGGGCCAGGCCAAGCUUCUGCCCCCGGAGCGCAUGAAGCACAGCAUCAAGCUGGUGGAUGACCAGAUGAACUGGUGCGACAGCGCCAUCGAGUACCUGUUGGAUCAGACUGACGUGUUGGUGGUUGGUGUCUUGGGCCUCCAGGGCACAGGCAAGUCCAUGGUCAUGUCGUUGCUGUCGGCCAACACUCCAGAGGAGGACCAGAGGGCGUACGUGUUCCGGGCCCAGAGCGCCGAGAUGAAGGAGCGCGGGGGCAACCAGACAAGCGGCAUCGACUUCUUCAUCACCCAGGAGCGGAUCGUGUUCCUGGACACACAGCCCAUCCUCAGCCCCUCCAUCUUGGACCACCUCAUCAAUAACGACCGCAAGCUGCCUCCGGAGUACAACCUUCCGCACACCUACGUGGAGAUGCAGUCUCUGCAGAUUGCCGCCUUCCUCUUCACGGUCUGCCACGUGGUGAUCGUGGUCCAGGACUGGUUCACAGACCUGAGUCUGUACAGGUUCCUGCAGACCGCAGAGAUGGUGAAGCCCUCCACGCCGUCCCCCAGCCACGAGUCCAGCAGCUCGUCGGGCUCCGAGGAGGGCACCGAGUACUACCCCCACCUGGUCUUCCUGCAGAACAAAGCCCGCCGGGAGGACUUCUGUCCCCGCAAGCUGCGCCAGAUGCACCUGAUGAUCGACCAGCUCAUGGCCCACUCGCACCUGCGCUACAAGGGCACUCUGUCCAUGCUGCAGUGCAACGUCUUCCCGGGGCUGCCGCCUGACUUCCUGGACUCGGAGGUCAACUUGUUCCUGGUGCCCUUCAUGGACAGCGAAGCGGAGAGCGAGACCCCGCCCAGAGCAGGGCCGGGUUCCAGCCCGCUCUUCUCCCUGCUGCCCGGGUACCGCGGCCACCCCAGCUUCCAGUCCCUGGUGAGCAAGCUCCGGAGCCAGGUGAUGUCCAUGGCCCGGCCGCAGCUGUCCCACACGAUCCUCACCGAGAAGAACUGGUUCCACUAUGCCGCCCGGAUCUGGGACGGGGUGAAAAAGUCCUCGGCCCUGGCAGAGUACAGCCGCCUGCUGGCCUGAGCCCGGGAGGAGUCCAUGCGAGGAGCCCCCGGGCCCCGGGCACAGCAGGGAGCGCGCGCGUCCCCGGCGAGCGGAGAGCGGCAGCAGGCUGGCGGACGAGACACGAGGUGUCCAGGGCCGGGCCCCCAGCCUCCACUGGGGGCCGCUGAGGGGGUGACUCUGAGAGAUCCCACCCCGCCCUGGGAUGGGGCAGCCCAUCCUAAGUCCCCUGUGGAGACAGGCAGUGGGAGGAGUCUGGUAGGUCGCAGUGGGGGCCCAGGCUCCGUGCGCAGCUCCCUGUGCAGGGACAGGAGCAGCAGGUCCCUCUGGCCUGCCUUGGCCCUCCUGGGAGGCAAGGCAGGGCCCACAGAGCUAUUACUGGGCACGAGCUGGUGGCUCCAAUAAACACAGUCAUGGGAGCCUGGUCCUGUGUCCCACUUGCCCUCCCCAGCCCCCUCCCCCCAGCAGGCUGUCCUGGGAGGGGGGCAGACACAGGAGCUGGCCUUGGCAGGGUGUCCUUGGCCGCCCAGGAAGCCUGAGUGGGAGUCCCCAGGGACACAGCCGCAGGGUCAUGGAGUCGUUCGAGCAGGUAGCUCUGUCUGCCGAGGAGGAUGCCGGGAAAGAGCUGUCCUCGGGCCUCCACGCGCACAUGUUUGCAUCAGAACACGCUCUGGUGAGCGAAAUACAGAGGCCACAUCAGGACAGUGCCUGCCUGGCUAAAGACCACGCCUGCUUCUGGUUUCGAAAAGAGCCCGUCCUGCACUCGGCUGACUCCUCGCCCUCCAGCGGCCGCUGCUGCCGGCGAAGGUGCGGGCUCCCUUCCCUGUGACCCCCAGCUGCCCCUGCUUGCACACAGCCGUCACUACCUUUAAUUAAGUCCAGGACCGGCCCGGGGUAAAUACAGCGUACAGUCUGGUACAGCCCGCCCCGUCUGCUCAGCGUAAUCACAGUUACGUGUCCCCCGGUGCGCGGGGUCACCCAGGUCAGUCUGCAGGUGGAUGUGGCCGUCCACUGCUCUGUGACGCCGCCUGGUGCCGGCUGUUUGCUCCUGUCCCCCAGGCCGCUUCUGUGUCUCCCUGGCUUCUCUUCUUGGGCCCACCCUUACGGCCCUGCCGUCCUUCUCAGGGGAGUCCUGGGCCUUUGAGAAAAGGCGUGGCUGGCAGUGAGGGAGCGGGGAAGAGCUCUGGGCGCAGAGGAGGUCGGGCCAGAGUG